GAGUUAGUAACAGAAAUGAUAUCUCCUCUCGUUGCCCUCUGUCUGGUCGUUGGGAUCUUGCUGGAGGCACAUGCCUCCUCAGGGGCACAGUAUACCCUCUGCACCUUUGAUACAAAUAGCUAUGAAAAGUGUUUGGCUGUGGUAAAGGCCUCCAAGGAUGCAAAUCGGGCAACUCCAUUGCAAUGUGUUUCAAGGGAGAAUCGCACUGAAUGCCUGGAGACGGUGAAAAUUGAGGAUAAUCAUUAUGUGGUUCUCGAUCAUCAUGACUAUAUGGCAGCGCGUGAAACGGGUCUACGUCCGGUUAUAUUUGCACGAGAAGAGCGUACAAAUUUCAUUAUAGCCGUGGCCGCAAGGAAUAUCAGCCUGAUAGAGUACAAUGAGGCAACACUCAAUUUGGAUACAAAGGAUGAGAGAGUCUUCCAUUCCGCACUGGCAUUUAAUGCGCUACGCGGACGCAAUGUCUGCCCGGAAGACCCGUCCAUAGCACAGCGUAGAUCCAUUCGAAUAUUGAACUCUGAUCAUUAUAAGCCCCUGAACACUUCGGCGGAUAUAUUGCUAUGUCCUUUCGCUACCUAUGCGGAGACACGUGCCUUUGCUUCGUGCAACUAUGAUGCGGGUCUACAGAAUGCCGUUUUUGUUUACAAGCAGCGGGGAUAUAAUCCACGAAAAAUUAAAGAAUUGAGAAGAGUAUUGCUUGAUCUGCUGCACAACUUUAAUGGACACCAGUUUUUCAAUUUCUUUGAUACUUUCAAGGGCCUGAACGAUGUGAUAUUCAAGAACAACACAAUUGGAUUUGAUUUACGGCCGAGCUAUGUGAAUGGCAUCGAUGAGAGGGUCUUUAGGGAAUUGCAUUGCAAUCAAUCUGAUCAUGAGCACAGUCCUGGACAAUUGGGUGAUGAUUUGGAGACCACAAAAUGAUUGAAAUUCAUAUAUAUAAAUAUAUUAACUCGUUGG